UCCUCGGGACUCUUCCUGGAGGUCAAUGCAAUUCCCCCGGACAGGUACCUCCCUACUGGAGUGAUGACUGAUUCACUGAAACAAUCGGCAAUGUGUCUAGAGGUCAAGUCCCUCUUGCAAAAGAAGGUUCUUGUUCCAGUUCCCCAAUCAGAAGAAAAGCAGGGAUUUUACUCUCCCCUCUUUUUAGUGAAAAAACCCUCGGGAGCAUUCAGGGUUAAAAUCAAUCUCAAGGCCCUGAACAAGUUCCUAUCCUACAAAAAAUUCUGCAUUGAAUCAAUCAAAUUGACUAUCAGUCUUCUAUUCCCAAACUGUGUGAUGGAAUCAAUCGAUUUAGAGGAUGCUUACUAUCACAUCCCAAUCCAUUCCUCCCAUCCUCAGAGUAGCAGUAUUCUUAGAAGGGAAUUGGGUCCACCUUCAAUAUUCAGCUCUACCUUUCGGGGUAUCUCAAGCACCCCGAGUGUUUACAAAGGUGAUGGUGGAGACAGUUGCCUUUAUCAGAAUAAAGGACAUUCUCAUAGUCCCAUAUCUCGACGACUUUCUUAUUGUGGCGAGUUCAGAAGAUCUGCUUAUCUAACAGAUACAGUCUGUAAGUUCAAUCCUCAAAUUCCUAUGUUGGAACCUGAACCUAAAAAAAUCCUGUCUUGUUCCCUCCAGGACCUGUCAGUUUUUGGGAAUAUCCCUGAAGUCAUCUUCUCAAAUGUCAAACCUGCCUCCAGCGAAACAGCCAUUGCUUCAAGAGAAGGUACUAAAUCUAUCCCACGCUCCUUUCAGAGAAGCCAUGUCGGUCCUAGGUCUCAUGACAGCAGCAAUCCCAGCAGUAAGGUGGACCCAGUACAGGACAAGAGAACUUCAGCUAGACAUCCUUUCCCAUUGGAAUGGGGAAAAAUCUGGACCAUCGUAAGUUGAAACCAGACUCAACAUACAAUGUACAGACAAUCCAGAUCUGUGAUACCUGUCAAUGGCCGGAAGAAUCGACCAAUCAGAAUGGGCAUUCACUGGUAAAACACCUGUAUUACUGAAGCAUAUGCACUGACUGGUGUCUGGUAGCGCCCCCUACAGUAUAGAGAGGUAUUACAUGUUCCGUACUCUUUACCUGUAUUACUGAAGUGCAUACACUGACUGGUGUCUG